AUGGCCGAAACUGCCACUCCCGAAGUUCUGUGGGCACAGCGCUCCCCUCAGUCCGCGGAAGACCCCAACAACUACAUCUCCUUGAUCAUCAAUGUCCCUGAUGUACCCAAGGAGGACCUCAAGCUCGACCUUAAGCCAGACAGCUUGACCUUCUCCGGCACCUCCACCACCCUGAAGCGCAAGUACCAUCUCGAGCUUCAAUUCUUUGCCGAGGUGGACCCCGAAGCGAGCAUCAUCAAGCACACCGACAAGAACAUUGAGAUGAAGAUUGAGAAGAAGGAACGCAGCGAGAAGUUCUGGGACCGACUUCUCAAGGAAGACAAGAGAUACCACUUCCUCAAGACCAACUUUGACAAGUGGGUUGAUGAGGAAGACCAGAACGAGGCUGCCGAGGAGGACUUCUCGCAGUUUGGUGGCAUGGGUGGUAUGCCAGGAAUGGGCGGUGACUUUGGUGGCAUCGACUUCUCCCAGCUCGGUGGCGCAGGAGGCAUGCCCGACCUAAGCGCAAUGGGUGGCGAGGGAGGUGAGGAAGCUGAAGGAGAGGACAGCGACGACGAUGACGACGAUGACAUGCCCGCGCUGGAGGGCGAGGAGGCUGCCGCUGCCAAGAAGGAGUAA